AUGGGGAGUAGUUUAUUAAGGUCCCUCCUCCAAACCUUCUGCUUCAAUUCUCCUUGGAAUUAUGCAGUGUUCUGGAAGCUUAAGCAUCAACAUGAAAUGGUUUUGCUGUGGGAAGAUGGCUUCUGUGACACGUUGAAGCUAAGAAAUCACUUAGGGAACUCAAUUGAAGAUUUGUGUUUAGAAAACUCGAAAAAGAUAAUGCCCUCUAUUUUUUCUUCAUCUACCUUUGAUUUUGUUUCUGGUGAAUAUCCAAUCGAGCUUGCAUUAGUCGAAAUGUCAAGUGCUUCUCAUGUAGUGGGAAAGGGGGUCGUUGGAAAAUCGGCUUACACUGGUAGUGCUAGCUGGAUAUACUCGAACAAUAUACUAACUAAUAUGUCAACUUCUGUUUCAGUUCAUGAGGAUGAAUGGCUGCUCCAGUUUGCAGCUGGAAUUAAAACAGUUCUGCUUUUGCCUGUGAUGCCACAUGGAGUUCUGCAGCUUGGAUCAGUCGAAAUGGUGGCUGAAGAUGCAGCUUUAGUUGCUCGUGUGAAAAACCAGUUUGAGGCUCAAAUAACACUCUCUUUAUACGGCUCUGGAUUUUCGGCUUUUAAUUCUCCAGAUGAUUUAAACGAAUCAUCGGACAAUAAAUAUACCACCUUUCUUCCCGUUCAAGAUUUUGGCGACUCAGACCUGAGUUUUGUUGCCGAUAUGCUCGAAAAAUUUUCCAAAGUUGACUUCGGUCAACAACAAACACUGCCCACGGUUAAUGGGGCCGAACCAUCUCAGCCGAUGUAUGAAGAUCAUGGGCCCUUCAUGACUGAGAAUGAUUUAUUUUUAAUGGAUUUUCCCUUUGGGGAAGGUGAAAGUAUAUUUGAAAGUGCCUUUUGUGAUUUUGACUUUGAACCGAAUAGAUUACCUAUGAUCGAAAUGGAAGCUCCCGUUGCUAACCCUUCUAGAAUCCCUGACGAUAAUUCAUCUAACAAGUCGAGCAUUACUUCAUCGGAAAAUUUAUCUUCUCCCAGAAAAUACGACAAAUCCGAAAAAAGUGCUCAAGUUAGAGAAUAUGAAGUUCCUUGUGACUUAUCGGCAUCUGAAUUGGCCAAAGUUAGCGAAUUUUCUGACGAGCAGCGAAAGAGAAAUAAAUUGGACUCAGUAGACACUAGUAAUUUAUCAAAAUUACCGAUUACCAAAAAGAGAAAGGCUUGCAAUGGGAACAUUCAGAGGCCUAAACCACGCGAUAGACAACUGAUGAACGAGCGACUCAAGGAGCUUCGGGACCUUGUGCCAAACAGUGAAAAUUGUAGCAUUGAUGGACUCCUAGAUAAGACAAUAAAGCACAUGCUCUUCUUAAGAAACGUAACCGAACGGGCUGAUAAGUUGAGACAUCAUCACAAAGAGGAACUUGAUGAAGAGAAGACUAGAAAACCAGCUGACCUCGAGAAGGGAAAAAGCUGGGCAGUCGAAUUAGGAAGUGAAAAACUGUCGUGCCCCAUUGUUGUGAAGGAUCUCGAUCAUCCUGGACAAAUGAUGAUACAGAUGGUCUGUACAGACUGCAAUGGAUUUCUGGAGAUUGCUGAUGUUAUUCAUCGCUUGGAAUUAACUAUCCUCGAGGGCACGAUGGAGAAGAGCACUGAUGGUUCUUGGCAGGCCCGUUUCAUUGUCGAGACGACUGGAAACUUCCACCGGCUGGAGAUAUUUUGGCCGCUGAUGAAGCUGGUGCAGCAAAACGGGCCGCCUAGUUCAAGCUCGAUUUAA